AUGUACACAUCUAGUACAACUGAAUUACCUGUCUCAACACCGGAACUGUAUACAUCAAGCACACUUGAAUCAACAAUGGAAACAACAGAAGUUUACACAAACGCUCCAACUGAAUCAACUGUGCCAACAACAGAAGUGUACGCAUACACUGCAUCUGAAUCACCUGCGCCAACAACUGAAGUUCCAAAAUCCACUACACCUGAAUCAACUGUGCCAACAACAGAAGUUCCCACAUCAACUACACCUGAAUCACCUGUCCCAACAACAGAAGUUCCCACAUCCGUUACACCUGAAUCAACUGCGCCUACAACAGAAGUGUACACAUCCAGUACACCUGAAUCACCUGUGCCAACAACAGAAGUUUACACAUUCACUACACCUGAAUCAACUGCGCCAACAACAGAAGUGUACAGAUCCAGUACACCUGAAUCAACAGUGCCAACAACAGAAGUUCCAACAUCCGUUACACCUGAAUCACCUAUGCCAACAACAGAAGCGUACACAACCAGUACACCUGAAUCACCUUUGACAACAACAGAAGUUCCAACAUCCGUUACACCUGAAUCACCUAUGCCAACAAAAGAAGCGUACACAUCCAGUACACCUGAAUCAUCGGUGCCAACAACAGAAGCGUACAGAUCCAGUACACCUGAAUCAACUGUGCCAACAACAGAAGUAUCCAAAUCCAGUACACCUGACUCACGUAUCUCAACAAAAGAAGUUCCUACAUCCAGUACACCUGAAUCAACUGCGCCAACAUCUGGAGUUGCCACAUCAACUACACCUGAAUCAACCGUGCCAAAAACAGAAGUAUCCAAAUCCACUUCACCUGAAUCAACUGCGCCAACAACAGAAGUGUACAGAUCCAGUACACCUGAAUCAACUGUGCCAACAACAGAAGUUCCAACAUCCGUUACACCUGAAUCAUCUAUGCCAACAACAGAAGCGUACACAUCCAGUACACCUGAAUCACCUGUGCCAACAACAGAAGCGUACACAUCCAGUACACCUGAAUCACCUAUAACAACAACAGAAGCGUACACAUCCAGUACACCUGAAUCACCUGUCCUAACAACAGAAGCGUACACAUCCAGUACACCUGAAUCACCUGUGACAACAACAGAAGUUCCAACAUCCGUUACACCUGAAUCACCUAUGCCAACAACAGAAGCGUACACAUCCAGAACACCUGAAUCACCUGUGCCAACAACAGAAGCGUACACAUCCAGUACACCUGAAUCACCUGUGACAACAACAGAAGUUCCAACAUCCGUUACACCUGAAUCACCUAUGCCAACAACAGAAGCGUACAAAUCCAGUACACCUGAAUCACCUGUGCCAACAACAGAAGCGUACACAUCCAGUACACCUGAAUCACCUGUGACAACAACAGAAGUUCCAACAUCCGUUACACCUGAAUCACCUAUGCCAACAACAGAAGCGUACACAUCCAGAACACCUGAAUCACCUGUGCCAACAACAGAAGCGUACACAUCAAGUACACCUGAAUCAACUGUGUCAACAACAGAAGUUUACACACUCAAUACACCUGAAUCAACUGUGCCAACAACAGAAGUAUCCAAAUCAAGUUCACCUGAAUCAACUGCCCCAACAGAUGUGUACACAUCCACUACACCUGAAUCAACUGUGCCAACCACAGACGUUCCCACAUCCAGUACAUCUGAAUACACUAUGCCAGCAACAGAAGUGUACACAUACACUACACCUGAAUCAACUGUGCCAACCACAGAAGUUCCCACAUCCAGUACACCUGAAUCCACUGUGCCAGCAAAAGAAGUGUACACAUCCACUACAACUGACUCAAUUUCGCCAACAACAAACAUUCCCACAUCCAGUACACCUGAAUCAACUGCGCCAACAACAGAAGUGUACACAUCCAGUACACCUGAAUCAACUGCGCCAACAACAGAAGUGUACACAUACUUUACACCUGAAUCAACUGUGCCAAUAACAAAAGUUCCCACAUCUAGUACACCUGAAUCAACUGAGUCAACAACAAAAGUGCCCACAUCUAGUACAUCUGAAUCAACUGUGUCAACAACAAAAUUUCCCACAUCUAGUACAUCUGAAUCAACUGUGUCAACAACAAAAGUUCCCACAUCUAGUACGUCUGAAUCAACUGUGUCAACAACAAAAGUUCCCACAUCUAGUACAUCUGAAUCAACUGUAUCAACAACAAAAGUUCCCACAUCUAGUACGUCUGAAUCAACUGUGUCAACUACAAAAGUUCCCACAUCUAGUACAUCUGAAUCAACUGUGUCAACAACAAAAGUUCCCACAUCUAGUACAUUUGAAUCAACUGUGUCAACAACAAAAUUUCCCACAUCUAGUACACCUGAAUCAACUGUGCCAACAACAGAAGUAUCCAAAUCCAGUACACCUGACUCACGUAUCUCAACAAAAGAAGUUCCUACAUCCAGUACACCUGAAUCAACUGCGCCAACAUCUGGAGUUGCCACAUCAACUACACCUGAAUCAACCGUGCCAAAAACAGAAGUAUCCAAAUCCACUUCACCUGAAUCAACUGCGCCAACAACAGAAGUGUACAGAUCCAGUACACCUGAAUCAACUGUGCCAACAACAGAAGUUCCAACAUCCGUUACACCUGAAUCAUCUAUGCCAACAACAGAAGCGUACACAUCCAGUACACCUGAAUCACCUGUGCCAACAACAGAAGCGUACACAUCCAGUACACCUGAAUCACCUAUAACAACAACAGAAGCGUACACAUCCAGUACACCUGAAUCACCUGUCCCAACAACAGAAGCGUACACAUCCAGUACACCUGAAUCACCUGUGACAACAACAGAAGUUCCAACAUCCGUUACACCUGAAUCACCUAUGCCAACAACAGAAGCGUACACAUCCAGAACACCUGAAUCACCUGUGCCAACAACAGAAGCGUACACAUCCAGUACACCUGAAUCACCUGUGACAACAACAGAAGUUCCAACAUCCGUUACACCUGAAUCACCUAUGCCAACAACAGAAGCGUACAAAUCCAGUACACCUGAAUCACCUGUGCCAACAACAGAAGCGUACACAUCCAGUACACCUGAAUCACCUGUGACAACAACAGAAGUUCCAACAUCCGUUACACCUGAAUCACCUAUGCCAACAACAGAAGCGUACACAUCCAGAACACCUGAAUCACCUGUGCCAACAACAGAAGCGUACACAUCAAGUACACCUGAAUCAACUGUGUCAACAACAGAAGUUUACACACUCAAUACACCUGAAUCAACUGUGCCAACAACAGAAGUAUCCAAAUCAAGUUCACCUGAAUCAACUGCCCCAACAGAUGUGUACACAUCCACUACACCUGAAUCAACUGUGCCAACCACAGACGUUCCCACAUCCAGUACAUCUGAAUACACUAUGCCAGCAACAGAAGUGUACACAUACACUACACCUGAAUCAACUGUGCCAACCACAGAAGUUCCCACAUCCAGUACACCUGAAUCCACUGUGCCAGCAAAAGAAGUGUACACAUCCACUACAACUGACUCAAUUUCGCCAACAACAAACAUUCCCACAUCCAGUACACCUGAAUCAACUGCGCCAACAACAGAAGUGUACACAUCCAGUACACCUGAAUCAACUGCGCCAACAACAGAAGUGUACACAUACUUUACACCUGAAUCAACUGUGCCAAUAACAAAAGUUCCCACAUCUAGUACACCUGAAUCAACUGAGUCAACAACAAAAGUGCCCACAUCUAGUACAUCUGAAUCAACUGUGUCAACAACAAAAUUUCCCACAUCUAGUACAUCUGAAUCAACUGUGUCAACAACAAAAGUUCCCACAUCUAGUACGUCUGAAUCAACUGUGUCAACAACAAAAGUUCCCACAUCUAGUACAUCUGAAUCAACUGUAUCAACAACAAAAGUUCCCACAUCUAGUACGUCUGAAUCAACUGUGUCAACUACAAAAGUUCCCACAUCUAGUACAUCUGAAUCAACUGUGUCAACAACAAAAGUUCCCACAUCUAGUACAUUUGAAUCAACUGUGUCAACAACAAAAUUUCCCACAUCUAGUACAUCUGAAUCAACUGUGUCAACAACAAAAGUUCCCACAUCUAGUACGUCUGAAUCAACUGUGUCAACAACAAAAGUUCCCACAUCUAGUACAUCUGAAUCAACUGUGUCAACAACAAAAGUUCCCACAUCUCGUACACCUGAAUCAACUGCGCCAACAACAGAAGUGUACACAUACUUUACACCUGAGUCAACUGUGCCAAUAACAAAAGUUCCCACAUCUAGUACACCUGAAUCAACUGUGUCAACAACAAAAGUUCUCACAUCUAGUACAUCUGAAGCAACUGUGCCAACAACAAAAGUUCCCACAUCUAGUACACCUGAAUCAAAUGUGCCAACAACAAAAGUUCCCACAUCCAGUACACCUGAAUCAACUGUGCCAACAACAAAAGUUCACACAUCUCAAACUACAGAGUUGACUAGGCCAACACUUUCAGAAGAGCCAACAACUAUUUCUACACAAUUUUCAACCUGUAAUGCUACUCACUAUGGUCUAAACUGUGCCAACACCUGCAGCUGUAACCUAAACAACACAGUUGAUUGCAAUGACACCACAGGAGAAUGUUUGUGUGCAGCUGGUUGGAAUGGCACCACUUGUGAUGAAGAUGUCAAUGAGUGCCUUAAUGCCAGCUACUGUCCUGGUUACAUGGAAGUUUGCUUUAAUUUGGUGGGGUCAGCAGAAUGUAGGUGUGAGAUUGGAUAUCAGAGAUCAGGACUGAAUCACAAGUGCCAAGCUUGCAACAGCACAUACUAUGGCUAUGAAUGCUCAAACCCCUGUACAUGCAUCAUGGCAAACACAGAAAAUUGUAAUGAUACAACUGGUAGCUGCACUUGUCAUCAUGGUUGGAAAGGCAAUAACUGUGAAACUGAUAUUGAUGAAUGUAAAAAUGAUACUUUUUGUUCAGACACCAAUUCUAGCUGCUUUAAUAUGAAUGGAUCUGCAGAAUGUAGAUCCUGUAAUGCUACCCACUAUGGUCUGAACUGUGCCAACACCUGCAGCUGUAACCUAAACAACACAGUUGAUUGCAAUGACACCACAGGAGAAUGUUUGUGUGCAGCUGGUUGGAAUGGCACCAUUUGUGAUGAAGAUAUCAAUGAGUGCCUUAAUGCUAACUACUGUCUAGGCUACAUGGAAGUUUGCUUUAAUUUGGUGGGGUCAGCAGAAUGUAGGUGUGAGAUUGGUUUUCAAAGAUCACUUACUGACCUGCAGUGCCAAGCUUGUAAUAACACCUUCUUUGGCUACGAAUGUUCAAAUCCUUGCUCAUGUGUUAUGGAGAAUACAGUAGAUUGCCUAGACAAUACAGGAGAAUGCUCUUGUCUCUUUGGGUGGAAUGGCACGAACUGUGAAACUGAUAUUGAUGAGUGUGAACAGACUGACUUUUGUUCUGACAUCCAUGCUAGCUGCUUUAAUUUAAAUGGAUCUGCAGAAUGUAGGUGUAAUAUUGGAUAUGAGAAUUCUACCACUGAUGAAAGCUGCCAAGCCUGUAAUGCUACUCACUAUGGUCUGAACUGUGCCAACACAUGCAGCUGUAAUCUCAACAACACAGAAGAUUGCAAUGACACCACUGGAGAAUGCACAUGUGCUAGUGGCUGGAAUGGCACUGUUUGUGAUGAAGAUGUGGAUGAAUGUCUGAAUAUCAUCUAUUGUUUUGAAGCGAAUGAGAUAUGUUUUAAUUCAAAUGGAUCUGCUGAAUGUCUAUGUGACAUUGGGUUUCAAAGAUCCUUAUUUAACUACAGUUGUGAAGCAUGCAAUGAAACAAAUCAUGGAUGGAACUGUGCUGAGCCUUGUGACUGCUUCAUGGUAAACACAGAAGACUGUGACAACAUAAAUGGAGUUUGUUUUUGUGUUGAAGGGUGGAAUGGCACUUUUUGCAAUGAUGACAUAGAUGAGUGUGUCAAUGCUAACUACUGUGUAGGUUUACAUGAAAUUUGUCACAAUCUAAAUGGUUCAGCUGAAUGCCUCUGCGAUGUUGGUUUUGAAAGAUGGUCAUCAAAUAACACAUGCACAGUUUGCAACGGAACAGCAUAUGGUUAUAACUGCUCACAUGCAUGUAGCUGUGUAGUAGAACAUGUACUGAACUGUAAUGGAAGCACUGGAGAAUGUGUUUGUAAAUCUGGAUGGAAUGGUACAGACUGUGAACUGGAUAUUGAUGACUGUAAAAUUCCUAACUACUGUACCCAAUUUCAUGAGAGUUGUUUUAAUUUGAAUGGUUCAGCUGAAUGUAGAUGUGAUGUUGGAUAUUACAGAUUUUCAGACAGCUCUUGUAGAGAGUGUGAUGCAGCACAUUAUGGAUUCAACUGUAACCUAUUGUGUAACUGCAAUAUGGACAACACUUUUGUUUGUAAUAAAACCUCAGGAUACUGCAGCUGUAAAACUGGCUGGAAUGGCACUCUUUGUGAUGUAGAUAUUGAUGAGUGCUUAAAUACUAGUUUGUGUGUGGACUUACAUGAACAGUGCUACAAUUAUGCUGGAUCAUUUGAAUGUGGAUGUGAAGCUGGCUAUCAUAAAGUUAAUGGAACUUGCAAAGAAUGUAAUGCAACAAGCUAUGGCCCAAACUGCAAAAACAAAUGUACUUGUGUUUUCAACAACACAGCUGAUUGUAAUGAUACAUCUGGAGCUUGUUUAUGUAAAGGUGGCUGGAAUGGUACAAACUGUGAAUUAGAUAUAAAUGAAUGUCUAAAUAAAAGCUACUGUCAUGGUAUACAUGAAGAAUGUAACAACUUGCCUGGCUCAGCUGAAUGUCGAUGUGUACUAGGAUUUGAGAACAAAACAGGGCAUGCAACUCGACAUUCUAUGGCUUCUACUGUGGGAACAGGUGUUCUUGUGUCAUGA